AAUCGCGCCGCUGAGAGGCACGCGCAGCCGGUGCCCAGCCCGGUCGGUCCCCGCGCCCCUGCCCCUUCGGCCGUCACCCCUGGUACGCUCGGGGGACCCGGGUCUCCUGGCCGCACCAUGACCGAGCGUUGCAGCCUGUGGAGUGCGCUGUCCGCCGCCGCCUGCUGCUUCUACCGUGGCUCGCUGGUACAGGUGCAGGUGAGGGGGCGGCAUGGGGACCCGGGUCACUGCGCCCCGCCGCUGAGAUGGGGACCUCAGUCCAAGAGCAUCCCCGCAGGGUCGUGCAGUCCGGACAGCCAGCGAAGGGAGGGGGCGGGGUCGCCAUAGCUCACCUCGGGGUGACCAGGGCGCUCCACGGGAUGCGGGUGCAGGGUGCCAUUCCUUGGACUCUAGACUGCAGGAGACGUGAUAGGGAGUUGGAGCUGGAACUCGGGCUAGGAGAUGGGGUUCCUUCUGUCACUUAUGAGGUCCCUGCUGCUGACCCCAGGCCACCUGGCUCCCUAUUGUACCAGGAACGCAGGGCUGGUGUCUAGAGGCUGAAUGAGAGGCAGGAUGCGCAGUGCACGCUGAGGACACCACGGUGUCACUACCUUCCUUCCAUCUGGGUGGGCUCGAGGUACUGGGUUGUAGGUCUCCCAGUCCAGCUGGCCCAGGAGCGCAGGAGCGCACAGCGGCGGUGCGAGGGUUAAACGGAAGGGGGUGGAGGGGAGGACCCGGACCCCGCCUCUCUGCAGAGCAUCCUCUGGGGUGGCUGUGCCUGGGGUUGGGAUACCUAAGGGAGCCAGGGGAGUGGUGGGAAACCAGCUGGUAGGAAGGGGCUGAGACCCUGACAGAGGUUCUCUGCACUCCUGCCUCUUGGGCAUCCUGGGAGAUGCGGGGCACCUCACCUCUGAGCUCCCCCAACCUCACACACACACUUGCUCCGAGCCCGCCUGAAUGACGGCCCCGCCGGCGGCGGAGCACAGCAUCCCUGCACGGGCCAAUCAGGCGUGCGCAAGCCGGGAGGCGGUGAGAUCAUCUCUGACCAAUCGCAGUGCUCUGAGCGCAAGGAUGCUGCAUUCGCACCCCCCCUCCCAACUCUUGGGAGCUAAGGACCCUGAGGCCCAGGUUCUCCAAGGAGAAGUACAUUCUUGACUCCUCGCCAGAGAAACUGCACAAGGAGCUGGAAGAGGAACUGAAGCUCAGCAGCACGGACCUCCGUAGCCAUGCCUGGUACCACGGACGCAUCCCUCGUGAGGUCUCUGAGACUCUGGUGCAGCGGAACGGCGACUUCCUCAUCCGAGACUCACUCACCAGCCUAGGGGACUAUGUGCUCACGUGCCGCUGGCACAAUCAGGCCUUGCACUUCAAGAUCAACAAGGUGGUGGUGAAGGCCGGAGAGAGCUACACCCACAUCCGGUACCUCUUCGAGCAGGAGAGCUUCGACCACGUGCCUGCCCUCGUGCGCUACCACGUGGGCAGCCGUAAGGCCGUGUCCGAACAGAGCGGGGCUAUCAUCUACUGCCCUGUCAACCGCACCUUCCCACUGCGCUACCUCGAGGCCAGCUAUGGCCUGAGCCAGGGCAGCAGCAAGACUGCCAGCCCAGCCAGCCCCUCAGGCUCCAAGGGCAGCCACAUGAAGAGGCGAAGCAUUACCAUGACUGAUGGACUCACCACUGACAAGGUCACCCGCAGCGAUGGCUGCCCCAACAGCACCUCAUUACCCCAUCCUCGAGACUCCAUCCGAAACUGUGCCCUCAGCAUGGACCAGAUCCCAGAUCUCCACUCACCCCUGUCUCCUAUCUCCGAGAGCCCCAGCUCUCCUGCCUAUAGCACUGUAACCCGAGUCCAUGCUCCUUCUGCCACCCCCUCUACUUCAGCACAGCCUGCCUCCCCAGUUGCCCGCCGCUCCAGCGAACCUCAGCUAUGUCCUGGAAAUACUCCAAAGCCUCCUGGGGAGUCAGACAGGGCCCCUCACGCAAGCCCAUCCCACACCCUCUGCAAGGCCUCGCCAUCACCAUCACUCAGCAGCUACAGUGACCCGGACUCUGGUCACUACUGUCAGCUCCAGCCUCCGGUCCGUGGCAGCCGAGAGCAGGCCGCAGGAGAGACUCCCCGGAAGGCUAGGGGCUCCGGAGAGAGGCAAAAGGAACUGUUAGAAAAUGGAGUCUCUGACGGGGAGUGGGGCAAGACCUUCACAGUCCCUGUAGUAGAAGCCACCUCCUCUUUCAACCUGGCUACCUUCCAGUCCCAGCUGAUCCCCAAGGAGAACCGGCCUCUGGAGGUGGCCCUUCUGCGCAAGGUCAAGGAGCUGCUGUCUGAGGUGGAUGCCCGGACACUGGCCCGGCAUGUCACCAAGGUUGACUGCCUGGUUGCUAGGAUACUGGGCGUUACCAAGGAGAUGCAGACCCUAAUGGGAGUCCGCUGGGGCAUGGAGCUGCUCACCCUCCCCCAUGGCCGGCAGCUACGACUAGACCUGCUGGAAAGGUUCCACACCAUGUCCAUCAUGCUGGCAGUGGAUAUCCUGGGCUGCACAGGCUCGGCGGAGGAGCGGGCAGCUCUGCUGCACAAGACCAUACAGCUGGCGGCCGAGCUGCGGGGGACGAUGGGCAACAUGUUCAGCUUCGCCGCUGUCAUGGGCGCCCUGGAGAUGGCCCAGAUUUCAAGGCUGGAGCAGACAUGGAUGACCCUGCGACAGCGACACACGGAGGGUGCCAUUCUGUACGAGAAGAAGCUCAAGCCUUUCCUCAAGAGCCUGAACGAGGGCAAAGAAGGCCCACCGCUGAGCAACACCACGUUUCCACACGUACUUCCUUUCAUUACUCUGCUGGAAUGUGACUCUGCCCCCGCCGAGGGUCCUGAACCUUGGGGCAGCACAGAACACGGUGUGGAGGUUGUGCUAGCCCACCUGGAGGCCGCCCGCACUGUGGCCCACCACGGGGGCCUCUACCACACCAACGCUGAGGUCAAGCUGCAAGGGUUCCAAGCCCGACCGGAGCUCCUGGAAGUAUUCAGCACAGAGUUCCAGAUGCGGCUCCUCUGGGGCAGCCAGGGUGCCAACAGCAGCCAGGCCUGGCGCUAUGAGAAGUUUGACAAAGUCCUCACUGCCUUGUCCCACAAGCUGGAACCUGCCAUCCGCUCUAGCGAGCUGUGACCCCGGAGAUCUCGCCUCUCUGCAGCUGCGGGCAGCAUCGGCGGCAGAGGGGCUCAGGACAUUCCCUCCAGAGCACCACAGGGACACUGUGAUCAGCCCAAGAAUGUUCUGGGUUCAAAUCCAGGAUCUCCCUUGCACUUCCAGGGUCCUGAAUGGACUCUGAGCUCCAUUCUUCCAUCACACACGCGCCAAGUCUCCCUUCCAAAUGGACAGGAACCUCUGCUCCUCCCACCGGCUUGCGCUGGCCCCCCUUUUGCUGAGGUUCCCUGUUUUUGAGCCAUGGGAGGCUCCCCACCCCUCUUCCUUCCUGCAGGCAUCUAUGCCUAGAGGUGCCACAGCCUCCAUCUUACUGUAAAUAAGUCUGGUGUAAAUGUAUGUACAGAAGCCAUGCUCUCUUUCAUAUAAUAAACUUUAAUGACUCUUU